AUGUCUGUGGUUCAGUCCAAGAAUGGAAGGGAAACUGUCCCAUUGAAGCCAAUACAGCCAACUCAGUUCUGGACUUUUGAUAAUGCGUUGACUCUUUUGAAGUCUUGUCAUGAUCCAUAUAUACUUGAUGCCUUGGAUGAAUUUUUAUUAUUGCAUAGCAAGCUUUUAUUUAACCCAUUGCCUUUCAGUGGUGUUCAGAAAGAAAGCUCAAUCAAGGAAACUACCAAGGAAAUUACAUUACGGUCUAUCAUUUAUACUGAAUUCACUACUAAUAACAUCCAAGAUGCUAAAAAGUUAGAAUCAUCUUUACAAUUGGAUGUUGAUGAAAUAGCGAGAGUCAUAAAUCAAUCUUACAAGAGAAUCCCUGAAAAUAAAUUGUUCCAAUUAGGUAAAUUGAAAAGUAAAUUACCCGAUGAUAGAGAAAAGAAUGAAGAAAAUAAACGAUUAACUAGCUAUACUAGAAGACUUCUUCGAGAAAGAAGACUCAUCAUUAAGAUAGUCAUUGAUUUAUUGAACAAUAAGACAAAUUCAUACAAAUCAAACACCAUUCAGAACUUGGGAAAGGAAUUAUUUUUAUCUCCAGUAUAUCUCACAGAGGUAAUCAAAGCAUUAAGUACCAUCUUUGAAUCACUUGUUACCAAACCAUUUAAAUCUGGGAUUUCCGAAGAAUUGGAUGAAAUUAUUGGUUGUGAAACAGUACUUCUUGCUGUUGAAUUGUCGAAGGUAUUGGUGGAAUUACUUGUGCAAAAUCCAACUAUUAAUAACGAAGCUAGGUUUUCUUGGUUUGAGUUGAUGAAUUCCUUUGGAUAUGUUUCAUCCUUAGGUCCAUAUAUUCCAUAUCCAGAAUCAUUCAGUUUACUUCAAGCUUUAUCAACAGUGAUUUCAAUUUUAUUCUUAGAUUUGGAAAACAGUUAUGACUCUUACGAUUCAGCCAAUCCAAAUACAACUUCAUUUAUUGCCAAUGCGGAUGCCAUUUCUAAAAUCCAUAGUUUUAUAUCAGAUACACCGACCAGCAACCCAGUUGUAUUAUAUAGUUGGUCCCUCAUCCUUCUCAGAAAAUAUUAUUUCCUUCAAGAAUACCCUAGCUUGGAAUCAUCAAGUUCCUUCACAAAAUCUAUCACCAUUGAUAAGUUGGAUAUAUUCAUAAGUGAGUUAUCAGCAAGAUAUGCUAAUCAUGAUAUAUUUGGAGAAAUAAAGAAUUUAUCAACAAUCCUAAGAUUUGAUAACAUAUACUCAGCCGUUCUUUCAUCAGUCAUCAUAUCAAGUUUACCGCUCGUGACAAUCAAUGAUUCUAUCUCUAACUCGAUAGCUAGUGUAUUGAAAUAUGCUCCAAAUAGUGUAGUUGAGAAAUUUUUCGAAAAUGAAUCAACGAUAAAUGCAAUUAUUCUAUCAAGGGCAAAGUUCCCUAUUGCGUUAACUCCAUACUUGAAGAUAGCUUCGAUAAAUGGUAACUUUGCAUUCCAUGAAUUCAACGAAUUGAAAUCAUAUAUCCAUUUAUUCAAGAAAGAUGAGUUUUUAAAGUCGUAUGAGAUAGACGAAGACAAUACCGAAUUGGUCAAAUUAUCUAACUUGAUAGAUGUAUAUCCUCCAUAUGAGUCUACCAAGAAAAUAUCAUUUAUGUUUGACGUUGGAACUAAAGCUAAGAUCUUACCAUCUCUGAAUAAAGACGAAGUAUUGGUCACAUUCUUAUAUAAGUAUAAUGGUUGGUCAUUAUUAGGAAGAGUGUUGCAGAAUGCAUCCAAGUUAUUUAGUACUAGAGACAGAGAAAAACUAGAAUUCGUGGUUAAUAUCUUAGAAUUGUUGAUCAAAGUUGUUAAAGAUAAUUCCAUUGAUGAUGUGAAGCUAGUGUUAGAAUCUAUGUCAGCAUACACAGAAGAUUCAGAUGUCAUAGAGGUGAUUUUAAGAUUGUUAGAACAAGGAUUGCAUGCUCGUAAUGUCGAAGUAGUAUCAUUAGUGAUUAAUUUGUUGACGAGCUUGAUGCCUAUUUUAUCAUAUAGAAUAUGGCCAUGUCUUGCCAAAUCAGCUCUUUUGUCCAAAGAUGGUAAAGAAGGAAUAGCAUCUACGAUAUUUGGUACUAUAGAAAUGGUGAAUGGAGAAUAUAAAGUAACCAAUGCAUUAAUCAACUUAACCGAUUCAUUGGUUCAAAAUUGUUUAUCCUUAGACGAGGAUUAUCCAUCAAAAUCUAAGAGCCUAAUUCUUAACAAAUUUGUUCUGCAUUUGCUUUUAGUGUUUGAAAGUUCUGUUCAUUGCAAAUUUAAAAGUCCAUCUGAAAACUUAGAAAUAAGUGUCUUAACAUUGGAUGUAUUUUCAAAUAUUUUGGCUGCUGUGCAUUCAAUUGAAAAGGACUGUCCACCUGCUGAAAAGGCUACCAAGGUAUUUGCCGAUGCUUCUGGAUUAAUCUUAGAUUCUUUUCUUGUUACGUCAGAAGAAUAUGCUAGAUCAACAUCUCCUAUCUUAAGAUUGUUAAAAUCAUUCCCAGAUGUCUUGACUAUUUAUGAGAUUAACGAUAUUUCGGGCUUUUGGUAUGAUAACUGGAUUCGUUGUGCAUUGUCUUUUUCACAGUUGAUUGUUAAGAUCAGAUCAAAUUUAAAUUAUUCACCAUCAGCGUUCGAAUCACAUUUGUUUAGAUUGUUACCCAAUUUAGUAUCGACUUAUGCUCAAUAUGAUACUUAUAGAAAAGAGAUAUUGGAUUUAAUUACAUGUUUAACCAAUGGAGUUUGGACGACUGAACAACCUUCAGUUUUAUCUCACCUUGGACAAUAUCAUUCUCAAAUGUUACUUCAUUCGUUAGCAUCUGACUUGGAUAAUUCAUUUGAUGAUUAUAAAAUCAAGGUGUCAGUUUAUGACUUCAUUUGUGCAGUUAUGGAAGGUAAUCAAGAAGGACUUUCGGUGUUAUUCAUUAGUGGUAGGGACGUUUUCGGUGAUUUUACAAAAACAGGAAAGUUGAAUGAAAGUAAGAAGAACAUCUCUUUAUUACAGAUCAUGAAGAAAAAUGUGAGAGAUAUGAAGUAUUAUCCAAAUUCAGUCAGUUUACCAUUGAUAGAUGCAAUCUCGUUAGCCUUAAAUUCUUGGACAACAGCACAUGAUAGUGAUAAUGAUAGUGAAUUUAUUAAUGAAUUAAUCGCUAGAAUCCAAUUAGAGUUAAUCACAAACCCUCAAGAUUCAGAAGGAUACUUGGAAAGUUGCUACGAAUUGAAACUAUCUUCUAAGAUUGCUCAAGUUUUAUCAUUAUAUUUAUUCACAUCGAAAAAUCAGAAAUGCACUAAAUUAAUUACUGAUUUUAUUUCUUCUGAUUCGUUUAUUGAAUUAUCCAAAAAGAAAUUCUCUGUUCUGGGAUACCAUCCGUCGUUGCAUAAUCUGUUACAGUCAUCAUUUUCAUCUUUGUUCCCCCAUCUUCAAAUUUCUCAAUUCACUAGUACACUUACUAAUAGAAACAGGUAUGGUGUUGCUGCUUUAUAUAACUUACCAUUGAUGGAUAGUUUACUUAAAUCUGAACCAGCUUGGACACAGUUAAGAGAGCAAGUUAUUGCAUCAAGUAUCAAUUUACAAUAUCUUAAUGCCCAGAUUUCGAGUUCUAAAUCAUUUGGUGCGUUACUUACUUCCUAUUGCAGAAAAUCAACAGGGCCAUUAAGUUCAAAUCUAGUUGGGUUUGUUACCCAUCUAUUAAAAAUCAACAUUAAUGAAGGUAUCCCGACUGAUAUUUUUGAACAAGUAUACCAAGAACGUAUUGAAUUAGCAUUUUACUUAUUCUACUCCCUUUAUAAUAGAAGUUCGUUCAAAGAUUCUUCUAAAGAAGUUUUUAAUAUUAUUAAGUACUCCUUGGAUUUGUUAUCAUCAACUAGUUUGAACUUGUUAUCUUCCUUGGCUGAAUCAAAAGGAUACUAUAGACCAUUACUUAAGAUAUUAUAUUGCUCGUUGAGUUUAAUAAAAGAUGAUUCAGGAAUUUUGAUAGAAUAUUUCAGUAUAUUCCGUGACUUGUUUGCUUUGGUCGUUGCUAAAGGGACAAGGACUUUAUUAAUUGAAUUACAAAACGAGGUUUACCUAUCCCGAUCUGGAAAGACCCAUCAUGAAUCAACCAAGUUAAAUGAUAAAAUUGAUGAUCUUAUGGUUAUAUUGUCAAUUUUAAAGGUUUUCGUUACGUUGAAGUCAUCAACUGAUUUACAUCUUGAAAUAGCUACUAUCAUAGACGAGAAUGGUACAAUUAACGCCUUAUUAAACCUAUACUCAUUCUCGCAUUCGAUUGAAGUUAAUGAUGAAAAUAUUUUUGCUCAACUAAGUCUAAUGUAUAUUCAGGAAUUAAUGAGUAUACCUAUCAUGGCUGAAAAAUGUGUAUCUAGUGGGUUAUUCCUCGUCUUGGGAGAAAGUCAAAUCUCGAAAAGAGUUAAAGCUGGCGGUUUAAGUGUUGCUACUGGAGGAAAAUAUCAUGCGUUGUGGAUCAAUGGAAUUCUACCAAUAAUUACGAUUAGUUUGACAAAUUUACAUUCAUUGCCAGAAAUAUACGUGGCAUUACAACUAUUCGGGAAACAGAUUGAUUAUUGUAUACUGAGCUGGUCAGCAGAUUCUGCAUCUAUUAAAAUAUCUACUGCAAUGAUUGCUGAAACAAGUCAAAUUUUACUAAUUUAUGAUUUAUUAAAAUCAUUAAAUAUCACUGCUCAUAUUAAUCAGUAUGAAAAUAAUCAACUUACAUCCAAUGUUGACAUGAAGGUCUUACCAGGAUUGGAGACUGAAUCCAAGAGAGAUGAAUUUAGGGAGUGUUUCAAAAAUCUUUUGAAACACCCGAAAUUCCUCAUCUCAAGGAUCAGUCCAAGUUCUGUGGAAGAACAAAGGAUUAUUGAAAAAGGAGGAGAAAAUUAUGAUAAGUUUGUAUCAGAUUUAAUCAAUGAAAUAAGAAACUUAAAUGAUUUUGAAUAA